AUGCAUCAUUUUCUCUCCAUUUUCCCAGUCUGGAUUCAUUCUUUCUUCAUUAUUCACACUCUCUCCUAUAAUUUUAUUCAUCACUUCAUCUUCUUCCCUCCCUCCUAUUUUUUAAUUUUCUUUCCUUUCCUCUCCUCCUCUCUUUAUCAGACUUGCCUUUUCUUUCUUUUGAACUCUUCCCCAACUUGCCUUUUCUUUCUUUUGAACUCUUCCCCAGUUUUUAAUUUUCUCCUUUCUGACUCUCCCUCCUCUCUUUAUCAGACUUGCCUUUUCUUUCUUUUGAACUCUUCCCCAACUUGCCUUUUCUUUCUUUUGAACUCUUCCCCAGUUUUUAAUUUUCUUUCCUUUUCUGACUCUCCCUCCUCUCUUUAUCAGACUUGCCUUUUCUUUCUUUUGAACUCUUCCCCAGUUUUUAAUUUUCUUUCCUUUUAUUCGUUUUCUUUAUUUUUUUAG